AAGGUCACACCACCAGAUAACACAUAAUUAACAUACCUCGUGCGAUGGAGCCAAAUAUUCGCCACAUCAUUUACCAGGGAUAAUCCUGUACAGGCCCUACGCCUCUGGCUGUGAGUGAAGGAGCCGGCCGACGGCAGUUCCAAAGUGAAGAAAGUUGAAGUGUUCGUUAUUACUUUGGUUGUCGUCUGACACUUCACCCUUCAAGAUAUGGAUAUCAAACAUCGGGAGAUAGCACAGUGGCUGAAGGAGGUGUAUGGGAAGGAACACGUCCCUCCUUAUGAGAAGACCGAAUCCUCCAUCAACAUACUUCAUCACCUGAUGACGGCAAGUAAAUGCUCGGAAGGAAAAGCCAAACUUCUAGCUUCAGAUUACACCCUAAAAGCUAAUGAAUACAAUGCCGAAGCCAAGCAGUUGAGCAAAUGGCUGGAAUCUGUGAAAAUCCAGGAGAAAAUAUUAUCCCCGGAAGGUCAGAAGGGACUCUCAGCUCUGCAUGAUACGGCACAGAUUCUUGAUAUCCAGACCACGACAAGUACCAACAUUAUUCUAGCCAUGAAUCAGCUGGAGAUGGAGUACAUGCAGGUGACGAAUGAGCGGGAACAAGAGAGAGAGAGAUUUUCUCGGUUCUUAGUGAUGAGCCAGGAGCUCUCUCACAAACUUAAGGAAAUUAAAGGGAUAUUUCAGCAAGCAGAGAAAACAUCAGCACAAGAAGAGAAGGAACAAAAGAAAAAUAUGCGCCAACAGAAAUUCCUGGAAGAGAAAAACAAAAAUUACAUUUUUGACAUUAGUCAGUAUGAGGCAAAGCUGAGCAAAAUUCCAAUAUCAAAGAACAUCAUGCAUGGAUCUCUUGUGAAGCAGUGGACAGAACUUCAAGAUCUGGAGAAGAAGGUAAAUAGCUUGGAGAACCAAUUGAAAAGCUACACUCUCCCGCCGGACAUGUCUCUGGCCGAGGUCGUGGUCGAGGAAGCACGCCAAGAGUUAGCAGCCAUGAUGGCUAAAUUGGCUAGUGUUUGUAGUAAUUAGACCAACAUAUUUGUUUUUUUUCUUCUACCUUGCUAUAGGAUUACUUUGAAUAAAGCUAGUAUUAGAAAUG